AAGAAUUGUUUUUCCGAGAAGUAUGGAAGACUCUUGACAUGAAGAAGAAGUCCUUGCAAAAACAUAUUGAUGUGAAACGGCGAUUUGCGGUUGGAUUCCAUGACAAUGAAAUCAUUGAAAAACUUAAGCUGUCCAUUGCUGAUGUUGUGUGCAGGCUUGAUCACUGGGGUGAGGAGCUUCCACAGUCAUGGGCUAUGUUUGAAACAUUCUUUCUGGAAAAGAAAAUUCGCAAGAUUUUGAGUACGGUUGAACUUCAGUCUUUUAAUGAAACAUUGCCUGAGGGAAUAAAGCUCAAAACUACUGAAGAUAUGGAUGCCAUGCUGCAGUUCUUCCAUGACAUCAGAGAACUUAUGCACUUCAAUCAACAAUUCCUCAAUAAAGUUAUUAUCCUCGAUGUUCAGUGGUUUGCAGAUGCCUUUAGAAAUGUCAUAACAGACAAAAACCAUGCAAAAGAAGAUUUAUUUGAAUAUGCCUCAGAAUGGGACAAAUUCAAUGAAACUGGAGAGUUAGAUGAAGCACUACUAUGUGCCAUAUGGAGAAUGAACAACAAUGGUUACCUUGAGCACAAAGAGGAUAUCAUGAUGUACAUGGAGAAGUUAGGACUCUUAGCUAAAAUGAGCGACAAAAUAUGGUAUGUCCCAUGUAUGAACAAGAUGCAAUUUCCAGUAGACUGCUUUUCAUCAUACCCUGCCUCCUCCAUCCUUUGCUACACGUUUGAUGUUCUUCCUGUGGAAAUUUUCCAUCGCCUUGUAGCAACGUGCAUGCAGAUUCCUAACUGGGAGAUUUUUACAGAUGAAGACAGAGGAUGCAUUUACCAGACUGCAGCUAUUUUUAUGUUUCAUGACCAGCACCAUAACAUCAUGCUUGGAAUGACGCAAUCAGAAAUUCAGUUGCAAGUGUUUGUUGUGGAGGGAGAAGUUGAUGUUUCAACCUGUCACCAGAUUAGGGAAAACAUUGAGCGUAUGUUACACAACCUUUCCAACACAUUCCAGAAAAACUCAGAUUUCCAGGUUGCAUUCAAAUGCAAAUCAACUGGAUUUUGUGACAGCAAAGAAAGUGCUGUCAUAAGUGAAUCUAAGUGUAUCAAAGAAACUUUUCUGUGUCCAUCCUGUCCAGCAAACAGGAAGCACCGUGUCAACACAGAAGAUAUAACGAAAUAUUGGAAACAGAUAAAACCAAGUAUUUCCAGUACGACGAGUGCUUCUGGUCAAGACUUGGGGGGUCGAUCUAGAUUUGCCAAACUUGGAAUGGCAACAAACGAUGUGCUGAGUCAGGUAUACCGAGAUAUACUAGAGAUGGAGGUUCUCCCUUCCCUUGUUUACACCAAAGUGAAAGCUUUACCAAAUUUUUACAAAAGAUUGCGCCCAGAACAAGAAAAACUCCUGAUAGAUGCAAAACAUUCGGGAUAUAAGAAUUUUGAUAUUUCAUUAACAUACACAUUGAUCAGAAACAUUUGUUCAACGACUAAGAUUCCUAAACCAACAAAACGAAAAUGGGGCGACGAGCCUGCAGCAGGAGAAGUGACCGUGGGUGAUGAUGUCGAGAGAAUUAGGUCAAUCCGGAACGGUUUGACUGCACAUGUGAGUUCAGCCUCAACCCCUCAGAAAGAAUUCGAUGAUACCUGGUUAUUGAUGUCAGAUAUCUGCAAAAGACUUGAAACCUUCACUGGAAAGAAGUACUUGGAUAAACUUAAUAACAUUCAAAAACUGACUCUGAAAGAGGAAGAUGAAAAUGAUAUUAUUGAAAAGGUUAAAAUGGAAAGUCAGCAUGAAAUGGUGAAAGAAAUGUGGUCAGAUGUGAAAGAGCUUAAAGAAGCAGUAUUGAGGUCUGAGGCAAAGCAUGCUUCAAAUUAUGAAUAUUAUUCAUAGAAUGCUAUGGUCAGGUGUGUUUUCCUUUUUAGGUUUUU